UUCAUUGUACUUGCAAUAUGUUGAAGUUUGUGAUUUUGUUGUCGGUCGUUGCCUGCGCUUUUGGUGCUGCCAUUCCUGAGGGUCUCCUACCCCAGUUGGAUGGACGCAUUGUUGGAGGUACUGCCACAACUAUCGGAAACUAUCCUUAUCAGAUUUCUUUGCAACGUAAUGGCGGCCACUCCUGCGGUGGUUCCAUCUACAACAGCAAGAUUAUUGUCACUGCUGCCCAUUGCCUGCAGGGAGUGUCCGCUUCCAGCCUGCGCAUCCGUGCUGGCUCCAGCUACUGGAACUCUGGUGGUGUUCUCAUCAAUGUUUCUAGUUUCAAGAAUCACGAGGGAUACAACGCAAACACAAUGGUCAACGAUAUUGCUAUCCUCCGUCUAAGCAGCGCCCUGUCCUUCAACGCCAACAUCAAGGCUAUCGCUCUGGCUGGCUCCGCUCCCAAUAACGGUGUUGGUGCUGUUGUCACUGGUUGGGGAACUCUUAAGAGCGGUGGCACAAUGCCCGCUCAGCUUCAGGAGGUUCGCGUCAACAUUAUCGACCAAAGCAAAUGUGCAUCCAGCAGCUACGGCUAUGGUAGCCAAAUUAAGUCAACUAUGAUCUGCGCCGCUGCCUCCGGCAAGGACGCCUGCCAGGGUGACUCUGGUGGCCCAUUGGCCGCUAAUAAUGUGCUCGUCGGUGUUGUUUCCUGGGGCAUUGGCUGCGCCGAGGCCCGAUACCCCGGUGUCUAUGCCAACGUUGCCGAACUCCGUGGGUGGGUGAAUCAAAAUGCUUAAAAUGUUUGUGAAAUAAAGCAAAGAAUUGACGAUUAUAAAACUAAUGCGAAUUAUA